AUGGGUGGAAAGGGAACAAAUGUUUGCUCCCAUCCAAGAAGAAAACUUGCCUACAAGUAUGCUUGUGAAAAUGCUGCUUUUACAACUGCGUCUCUCUAUGUUGGUGAUCAAUUUGAUUGCAGCGCUUUGAAUUAUUGCAGUGGUCAUGGUAUUUGUGCUGGCAAUAAUUUGUGUCAAUGUGAAGAUGGUAUCAUAACUGCAAAUUGUAGUUUGUCUUGUAAUCCAGGUUGUGUACAUGGCUCUUGUGUUGGCACUGAUAAGUGUCAAUGUGAGCCAGGAUGGACAGGUCCUCUCUGUGAUAAGCCAUCUUGCUUUGGAAAGCUUGCCAAUGAUUCUUCAGUUUGUAAUUCCAGAGGUGAUUGCAUCAGAUUGGACACUUGUGCUUGCAGAUCUGAUUUCUACGGUAAUGAAUGCGAGUUUUCCAAGUGUAAUGGAAAGUUUGCCAAUGAUUCUUCAGUUUGUCAUUCACGUGGUGAUUGUAAUGCAUUAACUGGCACUUGUAAUUGUUCUUCUGGUUUUUAUGGAUCUGAUUGUGAAGUUUGGAAAUGUAGUGGUGUCAUGAGCAAUGAAACUCUAGUUUGCUCUGGCCAUGGUUCUUGCAUUUCAACUGAUAAUUGCACUUGCAAUACAGGAUUCUUUGGAAAUGAUUGUUCAGGAACCGAAGAUCCAUCAGUUUGUUCCUUUAAUGGUAUUUGUCUAUCUGGUGUUUGUUCUUGCAACAAGAACUACACUGGUAAUGACUGCCAACAUCAUACCUGCAAUGGAACCAUGUUCAAUUCUUCUUCUGUUUGCUCAUCCAGAGGUGCAUGUGUAUCUGUCAAUAAUUGCAGUUGUCUCGCAGGAUUUUAUGGAGAUAAUUGUGAAAGAAGAGAUGUGAAGCUCGUUUGUCAAAAUGGAGGAACUCUUAUUACUGAAACCAAUAGAUGUUCAUGUGCAUCUGGAUUUGAAAAGGCAGAUUGCAGU